CGAUGCCAUAGCGCUCUAUAUAUUCAAGCUAUGAUCAAGUGUGGCCUGCAACUGAUCGUCAAUUGACGGUCGCCGUCGGAGUCCUCAACGGCGAAUCCGGUGCAGUUCCAGGUUAAUGUCAGUAUUUAAAGACUAAGGUGCGAUCCAGAAAAUCCCAUUCCACCCUUGCAUCUGUUUUCCCGCUAUGCGGUCCGUAGAAGACGAGCUAUUCCCUUCCACCCCAGGAAAGGUUAAGAUCGAGCGCUCGCACGCCAUGAACCGUCAGUUCCACCGGUUCUUCUCAUCAACGACCACGAUGUUCCUGUGGGCCCUCUUCCUGAUCGCCCUCACGGCAUCCUACCUCUCCUUCCAGAGCUUCAUGGACACCGGUUCCAAGUACUUCACCGUGUCCUGGGGCGGCAUACAGUGGGAGAAACGCGUCCGUUCAAGCGCGCAGAUCACCCGCCCGAAGGGCAUGUCGGUGCUGGUGACCGGCGCGGCCGGUUUCGUCGGUACACACGUGUCACUCGCUCUGAAGAAGCGCGGCGAUGGCGUGGUGGGCCUCGACAACUUCAACAGCUAUUACGAUCCGUCCCUUAAGCGGGCCCGCAAAGCCCUCCUCAACGGCCACGGGAUCUUCGUCGUGGAGGGCGACAUCAACGACGUGCGCAUGUUAGCCAAGCUCUUCGACGUUGUGGCUUUCACCCACGUCAUGCAUCUCGCGGCGCAGGCCGGCGUACGAUACGCCAUGGAAAACCCCUCUUCUUACGUCCACAGCAACAUCGCCGGCCUCGUCACACUCCUCGAAGCCUGCAAAUCCGCAAAUCCUCAGCCGUCCAUCGUCUGGGCUUCGUCCAGCUCCGUGUACGGUCUCAACGAGAAAGUCCCCUUUUCCGAAUCGGACCGCACGGAUCGCCCCGCGAGCCUCUACGCGGCGACGAAGAAAGCAGGGGAGGAGAUCACGCACACCUACAACCACAUCUACGGACUCUCGAUCACAGGGCUGAGAUUCUUCACGGUGUACGGCCCGUGGGGCCGGCCUGACAUGGCCUACUUCUCGUUCACACGCAAUAUCCUGCAGGGGAAGCCGAUCACCGUCUAUCGCGGGAGGGAUCACGUGGAUCUGGCACGUGAUUUCACCUACAUUGAUGAUAUCGUGAAGGGAUGCUUGGGAUCGUUGGAUUCAUCGGGCCGAUCGACGGGCAGCGGUGGGAAGAAGCGGGGCCUAGCGCCGUAUCGGAUUUUCAAUCUGGGAAAUACGUCGCCGGUGACGGUGCCGGCAUUGGUGGGGAUUCUGGAGAAGCAUUUGAAGAUGAGGGCGAAGAAGAACGUUGUGGAGAUGCCUGGAAAUGGUGACGUGCCGUUUACACACGCGAAUAUCAGUGCUGCGACGACGGAGUUUGGGUACAAUCCGACUACGGAUUUGCAGACGGGGCUGAAGAAGUUCGUGAAAUGGUAUCUGUCUUACUAUGGCUAUCCGAGCAAAAUUGUAAAUUGAGGUUUUGGGGGUGGGUGUUUUUGGAAAGUGAAAGAUACUUAAAAAGAAUUUACUUUUUACUUCUGUUAUAUUUUAUUUUUUAUUUUUGUAAAUAUGUUUUUUUUUCUUUUUAAAUAUUUAAAUGAUAGAUGUUGUUCUGUUA